UAUUUUUCGUGCUGGGGUGUCGUUAAACAUUCAUUCAUUCAUUCAUUCAUUCUUUAGUUGCUGUCAUCUUCUGACGCUUAUGAGAACGAACUAUUAUAGUACGUCACUUCUAUAGUUAUAAUAUCGGGUACUUUAUCAUGGUGAGUGAUGCCUUGUGACGGUAGCUGUCAGUGUAAUCUGUUACUCCGCUAUGGCGGGUCUAAUAGUCUACACGUUCAGUUCCCCGUCAUUCUAGAUUUUGACAACGACAGAGCGUGGAGGUCAACAUGCGGCUGGUGUCUUCUGUAAUUCUGCUAUGGACGUUGUGUAUGACACUGAAUGUCCACGCCCAGUCGUAUCCAUGUGACGUGUCUGAUCAAUGUCAAGGUGAAAUGAUCUGCCGGAUGGUGUACAAGCCGUGUCUCUCAACAUAUUGUCCUCCGCAACUGCGCUGUGUCCCUCCCCCGCCGUCUGGUUCUUCCUCUUGUUCAUUAGGUCUGCCAAUUUUAGCCAAUGACAAUAAAACAGAGCUUGUCUGUGGACCUCGUGGUAGCAAAUGCCCGGAUGAAACUUAUUGCAAAUCGGAUCCCGUCGAUGGCUUCGCAGCUUGCUGCUGGACAGUACACAAACCAGGCUCGUGUCCGAUUCCCCUUUCCCGAGGUUCAUGCACAGUGACGUGUAGCAAUGACAACAAUUGCAAUGGGGACCAGAAGUGCUGCAGCACCGGCUGUGGUUUCAAAUGCAUGAAUCCAGGACCGGAAAGCAAACGAGGAUUCUGUCCGGUGUCCGAUCGCCCAUCCACGUGCGGAACGCCUUGCAAGAACGAUUACAUGUGCACCGGGAGCCAGAAAUGUUGCGUAACAAAGUGUGGAACGCAGUGUGAAAAACCCAUCACGUUUGCAGAGAGAGCCAAGCAGUGGCAGCAGAAAACCAUGUUGCGAUCACUAACCACUUCCUCGACGGUCAGUAGGCGCACUGGUGCAGUACCUCAAAGGAAAAUACCUAUAUUUUUGCAACCUCCCGCCAGAGGCAUUGGUCCAGUAGGUCAGAAACAAACGCACAUAUUUGGUCCACUUCCCACCAGACACAUUAGUCCAGUAGGUCAGAAACAAACGCAAGGGUUUGCUCCACCUCCCACCAGAUUCACUAAUCCAGUAGGUCAGAAACAAAAGCAAGGGUUUGCUCCACCUCCCACCAGACUCACUAACCCAGUAGGUCAAAAGCCAGCGCGCUGGUUUCCUCAACAGAGUACCAGACACACUAGUCCUGUAGGUCAGAAUCAAGCGCGGGGGUUUCCCCAACGCACUGAUCCAAUGGUCCAACGAAGCCCCCAAACAUCUAACCAAUUCUCAAAGUCACAACAGCGAAUUUUUACCCUUAUCCCUAACCCAACUUCGAUUAAAGGCAAAAAACCUCCGGUAAACAAACAGCCGGAUACCCCAUGGCUUUCUCUCACCCGGGCUUAUAUGGAAUUCAUAAUGUCCCAACCAAAUCGAUUCGCAAAUUUGUCUUCGCAGUUAAAACAGCGACUGGCAGCGUAUCAGAAUGUUCAGCAAAACCCAGCUAAGUCAAGGCCAGCAGUAAAACAAUCGACAACAGUUCUUCCUAUCUCGGCAAAUCCACAACCUCAGCAGCAGAGCAUAGGAAAUACAAACAAUCCUUCUCUCUACUAUCCGCAACCGCCUAAUAGCUUUCCAGCAAACCCACCUAAUAGCUUUCCAGCAAAACCGCCUAAUAGCUUUCCAGCAAAACCGCCUAGCAAUAAUUUUGAAAGAGUUCCAGAACAAUUCGUAUCUCCAACUGUAAGUAAUCAGCAAUCAGCCAACAUGUUUCAGCCCUCGGUAGGAUCUACUUCGGCGACUGCAUCAAAACCAGCUCCACCUCAUAGGUUUCCUAACCAAAGGAUGCCAGAUCCUCGCAGUUCGAUGGGAAGGCCGCCUGUGCAAAGCCUUGGGUCAGCAGCAUCUCGAGGGAAUACUGCAGCAGUAGCAGCAGCAGCAGCAGCAGCAGCAGCAGCAACAACAACAACAACAGCUCAAUCUAAAUUCACACAGAUGGAUCCAAGAGGAGUGACGCCGGGGGAAUGUCCACGCCUGUCGGCUUUGGGAGAAUGCCAAGAUUCUUGCGAAGUAGACUUAAGCUGCCCGGCAAAACAGAAGUGUUGCAAUGUCGGCCCUUGCAAAGUUUGCUUGGUACCAACUAUUGCUAGGCGUGGGUGUCCCUGGCAGAUAAAGAUGUUCGAAAUGUGUCACCUUUUGGUAUAGGUUUCAGACAGUUUUUAUUUUUUAAAUAUUAUAACAUAUGUAUAGGAGACUAAAUCAGCUUUCAUUUCGUAUCACGUUUAUGUCCCAUGAGUGGCGUAGUUUUUCGUUUGUUAUGCGCAUUAGGGACAGACUAACAGACAGAUAUUUUAUUAAAGUCGCACCUUAUGUACACAAUAAUAAAUUUAAAAUACAGUAUAAAAGUGCAUAAACCAUUCCUUGCAAGAAAUAUGAGAGACUAUCGAUGAAUAAUUUUUUUUUAAAUGAACGUACAUAUAUAUACAUAACACACGUAAAGGGAGUAAAAAGUUAAACUUAGUACACGAAAAACAUAAACUUGAUUCAAAAUGGUAAUAUUUUUAAUAACUUAUUUAUCACCCAACAAUGGUAUUUCAAACAAUGUGGUUCGGGUGAAUUGUAAGGGAUGAAAAUCAACAGGACAAGUGCUCGAUGGUAGUGUGUGACGUCAUGAAGAGAUGGAGUUGGGUAUAUAAUUGUCCAGUAGGACGUAUCAUAUUGAUACGAACCAAGCUGUUAUGAACCAUAUAUGAUUAAUAAAAUAAAAUAUAAUU